AUGUACAUCCUGCAUCGGGUGUCUAGAACGACAUGGCAGACACCAACACAAUGCGGUCUCACAACCCAACGUGACUUUUACACAUCCUCUUUAUCCUUGACCGCAACACAAGUCGAUGCCGCUACUCAAAGAUGCUACAAAAUAUGCUCUCCUUUGAUCACAACCCAUCCUCUCCCACCACCAUCUCUACCUCCCAGCAAACUGACUAGUCACAAAACCAACAUCACCAAUAUGCCCAAAACAGACCAAACCUCAAAACACAAAUGGCGAAGAGAAAAGUUCUGGGCUUUCGUGCUUCUAGGUCUGAAUCGCAUGUUCAACCACGACCCCCUUCCUCCUUGGGGCUUCGAGUUUCUGCUUUGGGUCAACGGCCAAGCCUGGUGGCAUUAUGCACAUCAUGAGUUUGACACUAGGUAUGAACCUCACGAGUGGAAUACACCAGGAGAUGGCGCGUCCUUGGGUGACGAGGCGAGUGUUGGGGAGCGACCGGAUCGCCAUGAUGCUGAAGAAGAGCAGCAGGAGUCAAAACAUCCAGACUCCGCUCCCGAUCGUCGUGAAGAGAGUGUAUAUGGCGAUGACAUACCUCAAUCCUCCUCGGUUUCCGCUAAGUAG